UUGGCACUGUGGGGUGGGGGAGGGGAAGGGAUGCUUUCCCACGACUUUGCUAGUUCCAGUACCAUUUGGUGCCCUGCAAACUGAUGAACCGUUUGGCAACUCAGCAGGCACCUCCCCUGGGUCCUGGGGUGCACCCCCUCUCCCCUUGCCGAUGGUCCCUGUUCAACUUCAUUUCCUGCCCCAACCCAGCACACCCUCAUCAUGUUAAACAAAAGCAGUGGGGAUAGAUGCAGUUCAGAUCCUUUCUGCCGCUCACUGACUGUGUGACCUUGAGCAAGUCCCUUCACACCUUAGUCCCUUUCCUCAUCUGAAAAACUAGCUAAUAGUAGGUAGGUUAUGGCCUUGUUGUGGGGCUUAAAGUUGCACAAGUUAAAGCAAUUAGCAUAGUGUGUGCACUAGUGAGGCAGGGGAGUAAAGGGCACCCGUGUAACAUGCAGCCAGUUCAGAGCCCUCAAAGUAUUUGAAUCCCCUUCCCCACCAACAACCCUGUGGAAUUUGGCUUCCCAAGGUAAGUAGUGCCUCUCACUCAGGCUGGGCAGGAUGGAAAGAUGUUGGUUUUCAUUUAUUCAUCAAACACGUAUUUAAUGUUCUCGGCUAGCUCCAGACUGGGGGAGUGACUUCUAAAUUUGUGCUGGGGACUGAGAACUAGGACUGGUCGUCGCACUAUGUUAAACUUGGAACGGCCUUAGAAAUCCUCCCUGCUAGGCUAGCUCUUAGUACAGAUGGAGAAACUGAGGCCCAGUGAGGGGGAUGGGUCUCCUCACAAUACUCCUGCUGUUUGGGUGAGGGUGGGGGCAGGGGCUGGCAGAGAUCUCUGGGCUGAGGGAAGUUGGGGCGGCCCCUGGCCUGGCUCCCUGGGGUAUGGCCCAGGCAGGCUGAGAGCUGAUGGAAUUCUACUUCCUCUCCCUCCCAUCUCCAUGCUGACCUUUCACUCUACCACUGCUAGUGGGUGGGAGUGGAACCCAGAUACCCAGAUUCAAAUUCAGAUGCCUAUUGGCUCCCCCUCAGCCCAGGAUGUUGGGCCUGGGCCUGUGUCAACUCCCACCCUUCCCUCCCCCCCACCCCCAGUUCUCCCUGUUUCCUGUUGGAUCGGCCUUCCUUGUGUACUGGAAGGAACUCAAGGCUCCAUUUGUUGUCUGUGUGAACUUGAGCAAUUUACCCCACCUCUGCGAACCUCAAUUUGCUUUUCUGCAAAAUGGAGUUGAAAUAAAAACUACCUAGCAGAAAACCUCUUUCACACACAUCCCAGGGGCAUCCUGGCAAAGAUCUAUUUGAAUAAUAAAAGGCGGGGAUUCCCUAGAAUUUACAUUCGAGGCUAGGUAUAGGGAACAGUAAACUUCCUUUACCUUUGGUUUGGGGAGGCAGCUCACUGGGGCCCUGGGAUAGGGUGUGGGGCGGUAUAAGUAUCCAUCAGAACAUUUUGGCAAAGUCCGGAUUUGAACAAAUUUAUGUGGCCCAGAUUCCGGGGCUGCCAGGUGCCCAUAUGUCUGAAUGCACUGCUGGGCAUUUCUCAUAAACUCAUCUCUAGGACUACAAAUUCCCCUCCCAGCUAAUCCAGUCCCACCUCCCUCUGCCUCAGGAAAGCCUUCCUGGGCUGACAAGGCCCCGCCACCGCCCCCACGCCCCAGUCCGUUUCUCUUCAACCAGUAGAGAGAUCUUAGUGAGGGGCUGUAGAAGAGAAAACGACUGGAAGCAGCAGUUGGGCUGUGUGACUUUCAGCAAACUGCUCUCCUCUCUGGGCCUUGAUUUCCUCCUGCUGAGCAGAGGAGGCUGGAUUAGUGACUCCCUAAGGCACCUUCGAGCUCUGACAGGCUCCGAGCCUGUGUUGACUGAUGUAUCCUAGGAGAUAGGAGCACACAGAACCGAGUCAGCUGGGAGAUUCCUGUCGAGAUGGGAGCUUGCCUGCCUAUCUGCCCAUCGGCCUGGAUCCCAGAGCCUGCCCAGCUAAGUGCAUGCAGAGGGCCCCGGGGUCGGGGCAACUCUCAGGCCGCCGCGGAAAGCACCCUGGAAUCACUGGCGAAGACAGGCCUUUCCUGCUGAGCCGGGCCUGUCUGCACAGCCACUCAGGCGCUGUCCACGCCCCGAGCCUGGGCUCAGGCUGAAGUUGCUCCACGGCACCCCCCAGCUGACAGCCAGCGACUGGCAGAGCCCCCAGGCACGGGGGCCCUCUCUCUUCCAGAGGUCUCCAGUGUGACAGCCCAGGCGGCAGAGCCGAGGGUCCUGGUCCCGGCUUCUCGCACCCUCAUGUCAGCCCCGGCCCUGCCCGGCGGCCCGCGGAGGACAAGGUCAGGAUGCGUGUGAAGCCCCAGGGCCUGGUGGUGACUUCCAGUGCCGUGUGCAGCUCUCCUGACUACCUCCGGGAGCCCAAGUACUACCCCGGCGGCCCCCCCACCCCCCGGCCCUUGCUUCCCACCCGGCCCCCUGCCAGCCCACCUGACAAGGCCUUCGCCCACACCUUCUCUGAGAACCCACGCCCACCCCCACGCCGGGACCCCAGCACCCGGCGCCCACUAGUCCUUGCCAAGGGGGACGACCCGCUGCCCCCGAGAGCAGCCCGGCCCGUCUCACAGGCCCACUGCCCCACACCUGCGGGAGACGGCAGCAGCUCCCGACGUCGCUGGGACAACGGCCGGGUGAACCUGCGUCCAGUGGUGCAGCUGAUUGACAUCAUGAAGGAUCUGACGCGCCUCUCCCAGGACCUACAGCACAGCGGCGUGCAUCUGGACUGCGGUGGGCUCCGGCUCAGCCGCCCGCCCGCCCCCCCACCUGGUGACCUUCAGUAUAGCUUCUUCUCCUCACCUAGCCUGGCCAACAGCAUCCGCAGUCCUGAGGAGCGGGCUACUCCCCACGCCAAGUCCGAACGGCCCAGCCACCCCCUCUACGAACCUGCACCUGAGCCUAGAGACAGUCCCCAGCCCGGCCAAGGCCAUAGUCCCGGAGCCACGGCUGCAGCCACCGGUCUGCCCCCGGAGCCCGAGCCGGACGGCCCUGAUUACUCAGAACUUGCUGACGCUGACAUCCUUAGUGAGCUGGCCUCCCUUACUUGCCCUGAAGCCCAGCUGCUGGAGGCCCAGGCCCUCGAGCCACCGUCACCUGAGCCAGAGCCUCAACUCCUGGACCCCCAGCCCCGCUUCCUGGACCCACAGGCACUAGAGCCGCUCGGGGAAGCUUUGGAGCUGCCGCCCCUGCAACCUCUUGCUGAUCCUCUGGGGCUACCGGGCCUGGCUCUACAGGCCCUGGAUACCCUGCCUGACUCCCUGGAGUCACAGCUGCUCGACCCUCAGGCACUUGACCCCCUGCCCAAGUUGCUUGACGUCCCCGGCCGCCGUCUGGAGCCUCAGCAGCCCCUGGGGCCCUGCCCACUGGCCGAGCCCUUGCGCCUAGACUUGUGCUCACCCCAUGGCCCCCCUGGGCCUGAGGGUCACCCCAAGUACGCCUUGAGGCGCACUGAUAGGCCAAAGAUCCUGUGUCGCCGGCGGAAAGCCGGCCGGGGGCGCAAGGCAGAUGCUGGACCUGAGGGCCGCCUGCUGCCCCUGCCUAUGCCUACAGGGCUGGCAGCCACCCUGGCCGAGCCCCCACCACCACCGCCUCCACCACCUCCUACCCUGCCAGGCCCUGGCCCAGUCCCAGAGCUGGAGCCGGAAUCUUCCCAGACUCCAGUGGUCCCUACCCGCAAAGGCAAGUGCCGGGGCGUGCGGCGCAUGGUGGUGAAGAUGGCCAAGAUCCCUGUAACACUGGGGAGGCGGAACAAGACCACGUACAAGGUGUCAUCCUUGAGCAGCAGCCUGAGUGUGGAGGGCAAGGAGCUGGGCCUGCGUGUGUCGGCAGAGCCUACCCCACUGCUAAAGAUGAAGAACAAUGGACGGAACGUGGUGGUGGUCUUUCCACCUGGCGAGAUGCCCAUUAUUCUCAAGCGUAAGCGCGGCCGCCCUCCUAAGAACCUGCUGCUGGGUCCUGGCAAGCCCAAGGAGCCAGCCGUGGUGGCAGCCGAGGCAGCCACCGUGGCAGCAGCCACCAUGGCCAUGCCGGAGGUGAAGAAACGGCGGCGGCGGAAGCAGAAGCUGGCAUCUCCCCAGCCGUCCUAUGCGGCAGACGCCAACGACAGCAAGGCCGAGUACUCAGACGUCCUCGCCAAGCUUGCCUUCCUGAACCGCCAGAGCCAGUGUGCCGGUCGGUGCUCACCGCCCCGCUGCUGGACACCCAGUGAGCCCGAGUCAGUGCACCAGGCACCUGACACCCAGAGCAUCUCUCACUUCCUGCACCGUGUGCAGGGCUUCCGAAGGCGUGGAGGCAAAGCGGGCGGUUUUGGUGGCCGGGGUGGGGGCCAUGCAGCCAAGGCAGCCCGUUGUUCCUUCAGUGACUUCUUUGAGGGCAUUGGCAAGAAAAAGAAGGUGGUGGCAGUGACAGCUGCUGGGGUUGGGGGCCCCGGCCUCACCGAGUUGGGGCACCCACGCAAACGGGGCCGGGGGGAGGUGGAUGCCGUGACUGGGAAGCCCAAGCGCAAGAGGCGGUCCCGGAAGAACGGGACUCUGUUCCCAGAGCAGGUGCCCAGUGGCCCAGGCUUUGGGGAGGCGGGUGCUGAGUGGGCCGGGGACAAGGGUGGUGGCUGGGCCCCUCACCAUGGGCACCCAGGCGGGCAAACUGGCCGAAACUGUGGGUUCCAGGGGACCGAGGCCCGGGCCUUUGCCUCCACUGGGCUAGAGAGUGGGGCUUCAGGCCGAGGCAGCUACUACAGCACAGGUGCGCCUGCGGGCCAGACAGAGCUCAGCCAGGAGCGCCAGAACCUCUUCACCGGCUAUUUUCGCUCACUGCUCGAUUCGGAUGACUCCUCUGACCUCCUGGACUUUGCCCUCUCAGCCUCUCGCCCUGAGUCCCGGAAGGCGUCAGGCACCUACACAGGGCCCCCCACCAGCGCCCUACCUGCCCAGCGGGGCCUGGCCACUUUCCCCAGCCGGGGAGCCAAGGCCAGCCCAGUGGCAGUGGGCAGCAGUGGGGCUGGGGCAGACCCCUCCUUUCAGCCUGUGCUGCCUGCUCGCCAAACCUUCCCACCAGGCCGUGCAGCAAGCUAUGGGAUAACCCCAGCCACUUCAGAUUGCCGGGCUGCCGAGACCUUCCCUAAGCUGGCUCCCCCACCUUCAACCGUGGCCCGCUCACCUACUACCCACCCACCCACCAACACUUACCCACCCCAGUAUGGUGGCUAUGGGGCUGGACAAAGCGUAUUCGCCCCAGCUAAGCCCUUUACAGGCCAGGACUGUGCUAAUAGCAAGGACUGCAGCUUCGCCUAUGGCAGCGGCAACAGCCUGCCUGCCUCGCCCAGCAGCGCCCACAGCGCUGGCUACGCCCCACCGCCUACUGGUGGCCCCUGCCUGCCACCAAGCAAGGCCUCCUUCUUCAACAGCUCUGAGGGGGCCCCCUUCUCUGGUUCAGCCCCCACGCCCCUGCGCUGUGACAGCCGGGCCAGCACCGUCUCGCCCGGCGGCUACAUGGUGCCCAAGGGCACCACAGCCUCUGCCACCUCCGCUGCCUCUGCCGCCUCCUCCUCCUCCUCCUCCUUCCAGCCCUCGCCUGAGAACUGUCGGCAGUUUGCGGGGGCUUCUCAGUGGCCUUUCCGGCAGGGCUACGGAGGCCUGGACUGGGCCUCAGAGGCCUUCAGUCAGCUCUACAAUCCUGGUUUCGACUGCCACGUCACCGAGCCCAACGUGAUCCUGGACAUCUCCAACUACACGCCACAGAAGGUGAAACAGCAGACAGCCGUGUCCGAGACCUUCUCCGAGUCGUCCUCUGACAGCACCCAGUUCAAUCAGCCAGUCGGCGGUGGUUUUCGGCGUGCCAACAGCGAGGCCUCGAGCAGUGAGGGCCAGUCGAGCCUGUCCAGCCUGGAGAAACUGAUGAUGGACUGGAACGAGGCAUCAUCUGCCCCCGGCUACAACUGGAACCAGAGCGUCCUCUUCCAGAGCAGCUCCAAACCAGGCCGUGGACGGCGGAAGAAGGUGGACCUAUUUGAGGCCUCACAUCUGGGCUUCCCAUCAUCUGCCUCGGCCACUGCCUCAGGCUACCCAUCCAAACGGAGCACUGGGCCCCGACAGCCACGGGGUGGACGGGGCGGUGGGGCCUGCUCAGCCAAGAAGGAGCGGGGUGGUGCAGCAGCCAAAGCCAAGUUCAUCCCCAAGCCACAGCCGGUCAACCCGCUGUUCCAGGACAGCCCAGACCUUGGCCUGGACUACUAUAGCGGGGACAGCAGCAUGUCACCACUGCCCUCGCAGUCGAGGGCCUUCAGUGUGAGCGAGCGAGACCCCUGUGACUUCAUGGGACCCUACUCCAUGAACCCAUCCACGCCAUCUGACGGCACCUUUGGCCAAGGGUUUCACUGCGACUCGCCCAGCCUGGGUGCCCCUGAACUGGACAGCAAGCAUUUCCCGCCACUGGCCCACCCACCCACCGUGUUUGAUGCUGGCCUGCAGAAGGCAUACUCACCCACUUGCUCACCCACACUAGGCUUCAAGGAAGAGCUGCGGCCGCCACCCACAAAGCUGGCUGCCUGUGAGCCCCUCAAGCAUGGGCUCCAGGGGGCCAGCCUGGGCCACGCGGCUGCAGCCCAGGCACACCUGAGCUGCCGGGACCUGCCGCUGGGCCAGCCCCACUACGACUCUCCCAGCUGCAAGGGCACAGCAUAUUGGUACCCGCCAGGCUCAGCUGCCCGCAGCCCACCCUAUGAAGGCAAGGUGGGUACGGGGCUGCUGGCUGACUUCCUGGGCAGGACGGAGGCCGCGUGUCUCAGUGCCCCACACCUGGCUAGCCCACCGGCCACGCCCAAGGCCGACAAAGAGCCGCUGGAGAUGGCCCGGCCGCCUGGCCCACCCCGUGGCCCCACUGCAGCCACUGCUGGCUAUGGCUGCCCACUCCUUAGUGACUUGACCCUGUCCCCCGUGCCGAGGGACUCGCUGCUGCCCCUGCAGGAUACUGCCUACAGGUAUCCAGGCUUUAUGCCGCAGGCGCAUCCCGGCCUGGGUGGGGGCCCCAAGAGCGGCUUCCUGGGGCCCAUGGCGGAACCUCACCCUGAGGACACAUUCACCGUCACCUCCCUGUAGUGCCAACUGAAGUGCCGACUGGACCUCGAGGUUUUGUUCCUGGCUUUCAGAAAACCAACGCCAAGACCCCUCCCAGCGUCCACAUCAUCCUCUGGCAGGAGCGCCUGCUCCUCUUCCUCCCCUGCCCCACACCCCCUGCGACCCCAUUUCCCCCCACCCCUUCCCUGCCCAUCUCCUCCACGCAGAAGCCGAAGGUGAGCCCUUUCUGCACAAAACCAGCAAUUGUAAAUACUUUUUAAAAAUGUACAAAACUUAAAAACAAAACACAGUUUUAGAAAAAGACAAAAAAAAGAGAGAGAGCGAGAGAGCGAGCGUGUGCAAGAGGUUGCGAGCGGGGCCCCAAGGUGUCCAGAGCCCCUGCAAGUAUGCACUGAGAAAUUUAUCUACAGGUCGUUUGACAAAAAUGAACAAUAUCCUAUUUAUUGUAUAUACUGUUUUAUUAUAAAUCGUGGAUUGUAUAUUGCAUUCUGUAAACCUGCUGUGGUCCCGUGGUGUGCAAAUUCGCAUGGUGGGGGGAGGGGGAAGAACCUCUUGCGGGAGCUUUUUUUUUUUCUUUCUUAUUUUUCACUCUUGGGUUUUCUCUUCUGUUGUUGUUGUUGUUUUCUGUUGGCAGGACACACCCAAAGAUCCAAGUUUGUAUUAAAAAGAAAUGAAAAAAAAGCAAAAAAAAAAAAACAAA